UCCUUCCAUACGGCAGGGUGAAGUGUUUCAGUAAACAUGGGUAAAGUUUAGCGGACAAACAACAACAACCAGAUGGAGAACUACGCUAAAGCUCGGACGCUGGAGCAUCCGUCCGUCUGUCCGUUCCUCGAUCUGCCCCCCGACACGCCGGAGGUCCGAGUCAAAGACGGCAGCAAGAUCCGAAACCUGCUGCGCUUCUGCCAGAGCCGCAUGGAGGCCAGACCCCGAGCGGCGGAGAAGGAGAAGCGACCCGGACCUGAGGAAGGAGGAGAGGAAGCUCCGGGACGUCAGGAAGGACGACAGGAAGCUCAAGGACGUAAAGAAGUACAACAGGAAGCUUCGGGACGACAGGAAGCUUCGGGACAGCCGCUCUGCACUCACAUCGUGUUCACGGCGAGUGGAAAGGGCGUGUCCAAAGCCAUCUCAUGCGCAGAGAUCCUGAAGCGGCGCGUGGGCCGGCUGCACCAGCUGACCCGGCUGCAGUUCGGCUCGCUGGAGGAGGUCUGGGAGCCUCUGGAGCCCGCAGCCGGCCUGGAGCCCCUCACCGUCAGCAGGAAGCAGCCCAGCCUCUGGAUCCUGCUCUCCAGGGAGCCGCUGGACCACAGCCUGCCCGGGUACCAGGCGCCCGGACGCUACGACGCCCUGUGGGCUCCUGAGGGCCAGGGGGGGGACGGACAGAAGCAGGGACACAAGAGGAAGAAGGGAGAGAGAGGAGGAGAGAGAGGAGGAGGGGUAAGAGGAGGAGGAGGAGGAAGAGGAGGAGGAGAGAGAGGAGGAGGAGGGAGGGGCCGUCAGACUGGACGCUCGUAGAGGAAUCUGAAGGAUCGAGUUCAUCUUUAACAGACUGGUGGACAGAAAAUGAUAAAUAUGGAGUUCGUUUCCAAAGCCUAUCAGUGUUGAUUUGUGUUCCAUAUAUAUAUAUAGUCUAUUUUGAAAAAUCAAUACUGAGGUGGCCGACGGGUGCAAACGUGCAGAUUAUUAUAUUCACUUCCAGCCUCUCUUUGCUGCUUCCUCCGCUUUCUAUCAUAAUAAGUGAAGAUCUUUGGACUCUGAGACACUUUGGACUCUGAGACACUCUGGACUCUGAGACACUCUGGACUCUGAGACACUCUGGACUCUGAGACACUCUGGACUCUGAGACACUCUGGACUCUGAGACACUUUGGACUCUGAGACACUCUGGACUCUGAGACACUUUGGACUCUGAGACACUCUGGACUCUGAGACACUUUGGACUCUGAGACACUUUGGACUCUGAGAC